UUCUCUUUUGCAGGAAGUCAGGACAGGAGCGAAGCCUAACGUCUUUGCCGUGCUAAAGAAGAUGAAGCAAAGGAAGACGCCUGAUCCUGAGACGGGGUCCUUGUGGGUUAACCCGCAAUCCGAGACCCAGUUCACGUCGUAUGUCUCCAAGUUCAAGCAGAAGUACGGCGAGGAGGCCAAUCCAGAGGCCGAGGACUUUGACCCUGAGGUCGCGGUGCUUGCGGGAGAAGGCUUGAAGCAUGGCCGCCUAUGGUUUGGUGACGGGUGCGUCGACCCAGCGAGGGUUCCCUCUCUCCGCCAGAUCCGUCGUGGUCGUAAGAGCGGCCAGCCUGAGGUAGAGCCCCGGCCACGGGCUUCGGAUCUAGCUAUCGAGCGGUUACGGGAGGAGAUGGCAGCGAAGGAGCAGGCGGCCCAGGAGCAAAGGGCGCAGAUGGAGCAGCAGAUUCUGCAGUACCAGCAGCAGCAGACACAGAUGAUGCAGCAGAUGCAACAGCAGCAGCAGAUGAUGCAGCAGCAGCAGGCACAGAUGAGCUGGCUGAUGAGCCAGACGGCUCUGUCUUCUCCACCGGGGAGUCUUCCUCCUCCACCUUACUCCAUGUGGAUGCCGCCACCGCCCACUCAGACCCCGGGGACACCUAUCACCGUCAACAACAUGAACAUCAUCCGGAGCAUGAACCUCGGCAAUGACAAUGAGGCCGGCGGAAGCGGAGGAGGACAAGGUUGAUGGCAUGGUCUUCGUGCACUCGUCGUCGUUGCAAUGGAUUGUUCGCACUUGUUAUGGAUUGUAAUAAUGGACAUUGCUAUGCAUGAACUAUGUGUGCUCGAUGUGGACUCUAUGUAACGGAUUGUAUGCAUGAACUAUGUGUGCUCGAUGUAUUUGUGGUGUUGUUGAUGUGUUUGGUGAUCUUAUGUUGAUAUAUAUGUUAUAUAUGCUAUAUUUGUGAAAUGCAAUAUUUGAAAUACAGGGAUAAUUGAAAAAUAGCAAAAAAAUGAAAAAACCAGGCCCCUUUGCCGUGUGUGUGCACACGGCAAAGGACAUUUGGUCUCUUUGCCGUGUGCACACGCACGGCAAAGGGGCCACGUGUCGCCCAACUGUGCUCCUGGGAGCUCCUGGGGGGCGUGCCUGCAUGGUUCUUUGCCGUGCGUGGCAGAGCAAGGCCGCACGGCAAAGCUCCGCACGGCAAACAUUGUUGCGCACGGCAACGCAGGGCGCACGGCAAAGAAGCAGGGCGCACGGCAAAGCAACGGCGCACGGCAGCGAUGGCGACGCACGGCAAAGAUGCCUCGCACGGCAGCGUCCGCAGCGCACGGCAGAGAUGGCGACGCACGGCAAAGGGCGUUGCCGUGCAAUCCGUCCAUGCGCACGGCAAAGGCGGCUUUGCCGUCGAAGACGUUGCCGUGCAAACUAUGCCGUGCGUGCACGCACGGCAAAGCCUUUGCCGUGCGUACAGGCCUCUUUGCCGUCCAAAGCCUCGCACGGCAAAGCCUGUUUCUCCCGU